AUGCACUUUUUUCUACGCGUAGAAACAAUAAAUUUUGCGUUACUUGUCUCACUAGAUCUAACUCGUGGUGGAUAUAUAGGAGAUGUUUCAAGACAAUUUCAAGAAAAAUAUGGUGACACAUUUCAAAUUUGGCUCGGACUGGCACAUCUAAUUUUUAUAUGUGAUCCGAAAGAUGCCCAAUAUGUGUUUAGUCAUCGACAUAUUUAUGAACAGGGUGAUAUGCAUAUCACCCAAUAUGGGCUUGUCUUCAAUGAUACAAUUAUUUGUAAUAUAGGACUUCAAUAUAAGCGUCAUGCAGCGGUUAUUCUUCCUUUGUUUCGUCGUGCCAAAAUUUUAAACAAUUAUGAUCUGAUCAUUGAUUGUACAGAUAAAUUGCUCAAUCAAUGGCGUUCCAUAACUGACAGUGAUCCUAAUCAUAUUCAUCUUAACAUCGUUGAUCAAUGUCAAAAUUUAUCAUUGGCCAUCUUUGGUUUUAUUGGUUUCGAUUAUGAUUUACAAACAUUAGAUGAAUCUAAUAUUAACCACACAAAUAAACUUACACAGGCCUUGAACGAUUUUACAGAAAUAUUUUUACGAACAUUGGAUCUGCCGAAUUUUAUCGGCAGACUCUAUUUAAAACUAAAUUCUCGAUAUCGACGUGCAAGGAUAACUAUUGACGAAUGUUUGAAUCAAAUAAUGGAACAAGAACAACGAAAAACACCAGAAGAGAUCGCUCAACGAAAAAGAACUAGUUUAAUUGCAUCAUUGGUCACUUCUUUACAAGAAGAUGAGAAAGCUGAAGCAGCGAAACCUGAACAAGACAAGAAAGGUUUAUCUCGUCAAGAAGUAAUUCAUGAACUUCUUCUCUUUCUUAUCGCUGGUUCCGAAACUACCGGAGCUGUAAUUGCAUGGUUCAUUUAUUUGAUGAGUAAACAUCCUCGAGUACAAGCUAAGAUUAAAGCAGAACUUGGUGAAAACAAAUAUGACCGUUUGACUGUCGAACAAGUCGAAUCUUUGACUUAUUUGGAUUGUGUUCUUCGAGAAGUCUUUCGUUUUCUUCCUCCUGCUCCCGGCGCAACUCGCACAUUAACUGUAGAUGAUCGAUUACCUGAAAGUGGUGCUCAAUUGCAUAAAGGCGAUGAAGUAUUUAUUUCGUUCUACAGUCUAGCUCGAGACAAACGAUAUUGGAAAAUUGAUCCCGAUUUAUUCUAUCCUGAACGUUUUCAAAAUGAAGAUAAAGAUCAUCAUCCUUAUGUUUCAAUUCCUUUUGGUGGUGGCCAUCGACAAUGUAUUGGUCAAGAUCUAGCUCGUUUCGAACUAAAAGUGAUAGCAACAAGAUUAAUGCAAUAUGUCACUUUUGGAGAUGGUGGAGCUGAAGUGAAUAGUGGUGGAUAUGUUCAAAAACUCAUGACUUUACCCAAACAUGUUGGUGUUACGAUCACAUUUGAUUAG